AUGAACCUCUCAGCUGUCAGAAGCCCUUUCUCAGUCUCUUCAUUGAGCAAUGGAGAUGACCGUAAAUUCAGUCUGGGGGGAUGUAGCAGUUAUGAUACCGACAGCGUAGCCUCCCGCAGCUCUGGUGUUUUUUCUGGAUAUGACACAUUGGAUAUUCCGCCAAGUUAUGACUUCUAUACCAACACUGAGGUUUUUGGCAGAGCAAAGAAGUCAAGACCUUCUCUUUUUCAGCUUCACUCCAACCCACAGGACGACCCUUCUCCACCUCCUCUGUAUGAGGAGUCGAGUGUGGACAAACAAAGUCCAGAUGAAGAUGAACCCACUGAACCUCCUCCAGAACCAGCCCGCUUUGGAUGGGCUCAGGGAGUCAUGAUCCGCUGUAUGCUGAAUAUCUGGGGUGUUAUUCUGUACCUGAGGCUUCCCUGGAUCACAGCGCAGGCAGGGAUUGGUCUGACUUGGAUUAUAAUCUUGGUCUCCUCCUCUAUAACGGGCAUCACUGGCUUGUCCACAUCGGCCAUUGCCACUAAUGGAAAGGUUAAAGGAGGUGGAACAUAUUUUCUGAUCUCUCGUAGUUUGGGUCCAGAACUAGGGGGCUCGAUUGGGCUUAUAUUUGCUUUUGCUAAUGCAGUAGCUGUAGCCAUGCACACUGUGGGCUUUGCUGAAACGGUACAGGUGCUCAUGCAGGAGAGUGAUGUUAGCAUGGUAGACCGUCUAAAUGAUAUCCGUAUCAUAGGAGUGAUUACUGUCACCUGUCUGCUGGCCAUCUCAAUGGCUGGAAUGGAAUGGGAGUCCAAGGCCCAGGUCUUGUUCUUCUUUGUCAUCAUGAUCUCCUUCGCCAGUUACAUUGUGGGAACCAUCAUACCAGCCACUCCAGAGAAACAAGCCAAAGGAUUUUUCAGCUACCGAGCUGAUAUUUUUGCAACAAACUUUGUGCCCGGCUGGCGUGGACCGGAGGGCAGUUUCUUUGGCAUGUUUUCCAUCUUCUUCCCCUCAGCUACAGGCAUCCUUGCGGGGGCUAAUAUCUCUGGAGAUCUGAAGGAUCCAAAUGUUGCUAUACCCCGUGGUACAAUGUUGGCCAUUUUUUGGACCACUAUAUCAUAUCUCUUUAUCUCAGCUACUAUUGGCUCCUGUGCUUUGCGUGAUGCUUCUGGUAAUAUUAAUGACAACAUAUCGUCUUUGUCUGGGGAGUGUUUGGGAGUGGGCUGCAACUAUGGCUGGAACUUCACUGAUUGUAUGACCAACAAGACCUGUACCUAUGGAAUCAGCAAUUAUUACCAGAGUAUGAGCAUGGUGUCUGCGUUUGCUCCUCUGAUCUCUGCUGGCAUUUUUGGAGCCACACUUUCCUCAGCCCUGGCCUGUCUGGUGUCAGCUCCUAAGGUUUUCCAGUGCCUUUGCAAGGACAAGCUGUAUCCAGGCAUUGGAUUUUUCGGGAAGGGUUAUGGGAAGAAUAAUGAACCACUGAGAAGCUAUCUGCUAGCCUACAUCAUCGCUAUAUGCUUCAUUCUUAUUGCUGAGUUGAACACCAUUGCUCCCAUCAUCUCCAACUUUUUCCUCUGCUCCUACGCUCUCAUCAACUUCAGCUGCUUCCAUGCCUCCAUCACUAACUCACCAGGCUGGCGUCCAACUUUUCGAUUUUACAGCAAGUGGUUGUCUUUGCUUGGAGCAGUGGUGUCUGUGAUCAUCAUGUUUCUCCUAACCUGGUGGGCUGCUCUUAUAGCCAUCGGCAUAAUCAUCUUCCUGCUGGGAUAUGUGCUGUAUAAGAAACCCGAUGUCAACUGGGGUUCAUCAAUGCAAGCCAGCUCAUAUAGCAUGGCACUGUCUCAGUGUGUAGGUCUUAACCAAGUGGAAGACCAUAUUAAAAAUUACAGGCCACAGUGUUUGGUCCUUAGUGGGCCUCCCUGUAUGCGUCCUUCCCUGGUGGAUUUCAUCAGCACCUUCACCAAGAACCAGAGCCUGAUGAUAUGUGCAAAUGUCAUAACAGGCGAGCCCUCACCUGGCACUGUGGACACUGCUGCCAAAAUCAGCACUCAUUUAAAGUGGUUAAACAAGCGCCGCAUGAAGACCUUCUACCACACUGUAGUGGCUGAUGACCUUCGCGCUGGCGUACAGAUGUUACUGCAGGUCACCCAUAAUACACUACCAGUGUCAAGUCAAGUCAAGCUCAAAGCUCUGAUCAGCAGGUUCCGUCUGGGUUUCCAAGAUAUUCAAGUCCUUCCGGACCUCAAUGGAAAACCACAGUCUGACCACAUUAAAAGAUUUGAAGAUAUCAUAGCUCCGUAUAGAGUAAGUUCAUUCCAAAAGGAUGGUGAAGAAGCCGAUAGGACAACAAAGGAAUUCUCCUGGAUGGUGUCUGAUGAGGAAAUGGAAACGUUCAGAACUAAGUCCUUCCGACAAAUACGCUUAAAUGAAGUUAUUCAAGAUUACUCAAGAGAUGCUGCACUGAUUAUUGUAACGAUGCCCAUGGCACGAAGAGGGGCGUGUCCAAGUGCCCUUUACCUGGCUUGGCUAGAGAUUGUGUCACGUGACCUUCGACCUCCAGUUCUUCUUGUCCGAGGCAAUCAGGAGAAUGUGCUGACGAUGUACUGCCAGUGA